AUGCGGCAUUUCGAGAGAUUCUACGACGUCGUUGAACCCGUUGAGGAGUUGGAGGCUAUCAUCCGAAACACCUCCGCGAAGUAUUCAACCAGAGAUGCUUCCAGAAACACUAAAGAGCUUGCUAUGCUUCUUAAAUUGUCUGUUCCGGGCCUAGAUCAUCAUCCUGGCAAAGAAUAUGUUAUAGAACUGCAGAAUCAUUUUGAGCAUGAUGGCCCAUAUGGGACACACUUGUGUCUUGUCUUUCCUGCAAUGAUAUCCGAUGGUGAACUAAUGACUGCCACCGGAAAGCUACACCAGGCAACCUACGUGCGAGCUAUUUCCAAACAGCUCUUGUUGGGACUCGACUUCCUUCAUAACUAG